AUUUACAAAUAUUUUUUAUCACUUGAAAAGUGUCGAUUGUAAUUUACUUGUACAGAAACAUGAUGUGAAAAUACAAAUUAAUAAAGUAAUCAUAUAGAUAUAACCUGGUAAGUAGUUUUUCCCAAAUUUUGGAUACUUUGAUCACCUUUCUAACUCUAUGUAACUUUAAUCUAUUAUCUUCAAGUAUGUAAUUAAACUGGUUUUAUUGAGUAAUUUUACAAUCAGUCACCCAGCAUAUGCAAAAAAAAUAUGAUAAAUGACAAUAGUUGUAGAGAUAUAUGAAAAACAAUGAACAGGAACUUUCUUUAUCUAUUUUUAAAUAUAUACAUUGUACAAUGAAAAAUGACACGAAUGACAAAAAUCUACAUAAUAUGAAUGAAAGAGUUUCUGCUCGAAAUAUUACAGUAUCGACUUUAAUUGAAUAGCAAUUAGUUCAACUUGUACUUACCUAUUAAAGUUGGCUAAUCUUGCUUUACUUUUUUUGGGAGUGUCAUAUUUAGAUAAUGUCAAUAAGCUGGAAAUGCUUUUGCGUAUUAAGCUACAGUAACUUUAAUAACAGAGAAUAAAUAUGGCACCAAGAACAGUUAUAUGCUAUAUCUGUGGAAGGGAAUAUGGUUCAAGGUCUAUUGGGAUUCAUGAAAAUCAAUGUUUGACAAAGUGGAAUAUUGAAAAUGAAAAGUUACCCCCAAAUCAGCGUCGACCACCGCUGGUGAAACCUCAGGUUCUUCCCUCAAUAUCAUCGAAAGCGACCCGACAGGACAUUGACCGUUGGAAUGAAAUUGCAUCGCAAAGCGCAGCUGCUCAAUUACUAUCUUGUGAUACUUGUGGAAGAACCUUUAAUCCGGAUAGGCUUCAAAUUCAUCAGAGAAGCUGUAGGCCAGGAAAUUCGGCUAAACCUGUAAAAGGAAAGGAAGGUUUAUUAAAUGCUAGACCUACUUUUUCAGGUAGAAAUGGGGGAAAUGCCCAUGCUGGAAAUGUCCAAAGUAGUAUGGAUAGAACCGAAUAUAUAGAAUUCGAAAUGGAACCGAAGAGAAGCUUCAAUACACAAUCCGGUCAUGAAGUGGAAAGACCCACAACUGCAACUAUAAAAAAUCCUAAAAUACUGCAAAAAUUAGAUAUAAAUGAUUAUCCAGGACCUCAUAAAACGAGAAGAAAUCAGAAUGGGAAAUUCUACGGUGGAAGAAGCUCGGCUAAGAGAUUAGACGCUAAAAAACCUGCAGAUUAUAAUAUAGAAGCAAGUGGCUUUAAAUUCGCAGCAACACCUGGUCAAAAACCAGGUGGUGGACAAUUCGUACACUGCUAUAUUUGUGGCCAAAAAUUUACUACCGCAUCAUUAAAGUUUCAUGAACCUGCAUGCUUGAAGAAAUGGUAUGUUACAAAUGAGCAACUUCCUCCACACCUCAGACAGAGAGCACCCGUAAAACCGGAAGGUUUCGAAGAUAUCAUUCAGGGAAAUGCACCCAGAAGAGGUACCUUUUCUAACGCUGGUGGUAUGAAUAACUAUGGAGGGGGUGGCGGAGUUGGGGCAAGUGGAGGAGCGAUAUCUGGUAAAGGAAAUUAUAACAUAGAUAAUUAUAACAUGGCUGUGCAACAAGCUGCCGAAGCGAAUAUGGCUCAAUGUCCCCAUUGUAGACGAACAUUCAAUCCAGAUAGAAUACAAAAACACGAGAGUAUAUGUGCCAAAACUAAAAAAGGGAGAACAGAAAGAAAGGACGAUUCUUAUCAGGAGCCUGCUUCAAAAUCUGGACUAAUGCCAUCAGCUGCUCAAAAAAAUAAAACCUAUGACAUUAACCAAGACAGAAAGAGAAAGUACGAAAGUAUUAUGGACAAUUCUAAAAGCAGGAAACACGGCUUUGUUAUCUGUCCGAGAUGUGGCAGACAAUAUACACAUGCAUCAAUUCAAAUUCAUUUACCAAAAUGCGGUGUACCACCUGGGUAUAAACCACCAAAAGGAGAAAAGGGUAUGAACGCAGCUCCGUAAGUAUUUCAAACAAAUAUAGGGAUUACUAAAUUAAUCCAUUUAAUCUCUCUUCAAUGAAAGUUACAAAUAGCAUUGACGCCGUUAUUUUAUUUUUAGCCCUGGUGGAUUUACCAAUCAGUGCCGAGGCUGUGGGCGAACUUUUGCACCAGAUCGAUUAGAAGUUCAUCAGAAGGUCUGCCUAAAUAAUCCCAACCUGUUUCAAUCAAAAUCAGAACCAAAGAGACCCCCAAUCAGAACGGCAAGAACGCCAAAGUGGGCUAGAAAUGGUGGAGACCAGCCAACUCCUUGCCCAAACUGUGGAAGAGAAUUUAAAGCUGAUCGUCUUCAAGUACAUCUUAGGGCUUGCAGAGCCUAAAAAUUUAAGGAAAACAGAUCUGAAUGAAUAUCCUAUUCUUUAAUAUCUCCUACUAAUUUUUCAAUGCUCUUGAUCAACAUAUUAGACUCAAUUUAAUCCAAAUGUACAUCUAGUGUCAAACGUUCGAGGUCAUCAGCCGAUAACGAUUUAACCUUCUAGUUAGUUUCAUAUAGGACAAGGUAAUAUCUCUUACGUAAGAACAACAAUAUAUUUACAUUUUCUUAUCUAUUAACAACUGCUAUAAACUAAAUAUAACAGCUGUUAUUUAGGUCAAACACAUAACUUAAUCUAAUAUUUCCGACGCUAGUAUACGAAAUCGAAAAAUAUAUAAAAACACAGGUAUUACUCAGAUGUGUGAGUUAAGUAGAACUGUAUAAAGUACUGCUUUCGAUUCUACUACAAUCCGUCCUUUAACUAAUUUCUAUGAUCGUCCCGACAGUAUUUUCUUUAAGAGCUACAAAAUUGAGAUAAUUCACAUUAAUUAUAGAAUUUUUGUCUAUUUAAGUACGACGAAAUUUCAAUUUGCUAUCUCUGUCAACUCCUCCUUUUUCUACUCUGCUCUCUGAUCUAAAAACUAUCCAAUAAAAAACGUAUUGGCUAAUGAAAUUAAAAAAUUGUUAAAAUGUUUAGAGUUGGCUAAAAACCAAAUAACUUUAAUAUUUUUUAUUGAUAUUUAAAAUAGAUCAUAGCAUAAAAAUAACAAACAAGAUUGUUUACUAUUUUUAUCUUUCUGGAUCAAUAGUAUUUUUUUCGUGAAGAUUUUGAAUCUGUCUACUAUAUCAUAUACUUAGAAUAUUUGCGGUGCUGCUAUAUCCCAGAAAAAAAA